AUGGUAAGCGUCGUUAACUCCAAAGCCGAUGUCUUGAAGGCCACUCAAGCAUUGUUGGUGAACUGCAAUGCUGCUCAAGGCCUCAGUGAGGUUAUGAAGAGCAAUCUUGGCCCUAGGGGCACUCUCAAGAUGCUCGUCGGAGGUGCUGGCCAGAUCAAGAUCACCAAGGAUGGGAGC